AGGCCGCAGGGGGGCGCCCCUCGUCACGACCCCAAGGCGGGCACGCGCCCCGCUCAGCCCUCCAGCCGGGCCCGCGCGCGGGCUAAGGGGCCAUCAUCGGACCUGCGCACCUCCAUCGCAUCGCCAGACUUGGCCACUGACGUCUUCUCACUGCGGGUGAAACUGGAGGAGACUGGGGAGCUGUUCCGCGUGGCCAACUGCCGCAACGACAUGACAGUGCGGGACCUCAAAGAGGAGCUGGACCUGAUGGUCGGCAUCCCCUUCAACCUACAGCGGCUGCAGUUCCUGGACCAAGGGAUUUUGAUGGAUGAUGCCGCCCUGAAGUUCUACGAUGUCAUCCCUGGAGCAAUUAUCUCGCUAUGUAUCUGGCAUUAUGAUGGUUGGACGGAACUGGUUUUGGCAGCCGUGGAAGGGGAUCCCAGUAAGCUGUCAUGUCUUGGCAUCAGCGAGGACACCUUCUACCGAACUGCGAACUCACAGCACUUUAAGGGCGAGCAAUGGAGGCAGUGGACCGCCCAGAGGGCGUUUGUGGCCUUAUACAUCUCCGCUCACAGAGGUCAUGUGGACGCUGUGCAGUGUCUCCUAGAACUCGGAGCAAACUGCUUGGGCAAAUCACCCCUGGGCAGAACACCCUUGCAUGUGGUUGCAGCCAUGGGCAGGAUAGACUGCAUCCGGCCUUUACUAGAACAUGGAGCCUCCAUCCACGACAGAGACUCAAAGGGGGAAACACCCGUCACCAUUGCGCGGCGCCUGAAGCGCAGGAAUUUCGAGCGCAAGAUGUUUCUCCACUACUGGAUGAUCAAGUCUGGGACCAACGAUCCUGACGACUUGGUAGUGAGGGAGGCUCCGGAGAAAACCAGCUCUGAGGCUAUGUCCACGAAGAGCUCAAUAUUACUCUCCUGA